GUUCUCCUUUAUUGCCCUUCCAUGUAUCCAUGCCCCGCUGAAAGAGCUUCAUCCUUGGAGCCAGAUCAUUUUUUCCCUGAGACAAUAAGUCCAUCCUGUCAUUUUUUGUACAUGGGACAUUUUAGCUGGUCGGUGCCCCCGAGAAGGCGGCAGAGCGAGUGAGACCCGAAGCGCGGCUCGCACGCUGCUGUGCAAACAAAGGUGCCGAUUGAGCCGCUGCGGCGGCACGCAGGGGCUGCGAGCGGAAUACAGACGCGGCUCUGUGGGGCUGGCGGCGCGCUGUGCGCGGCUGUGCCGCUGCCCGAGGAGCGCCGGCCGGCCCGCCGCAGCGGCAGCGCGGAUCACGCGGGCCGCAGCCCCGCUCCCCGUCAGCCAUCUUGGCCGCCACCCUGCUGCUGCGCGCAGCCAAUCGCGCGGCGCUCGCCGGGCUGCGCAGGGACGGGACCUGCGCUGGCAUCGCGGCCGCCGGGACGCUGCCCGCCGCUCCUCCUUUGUGUUUGCUGCGCUCGUCGCCGCAGGAGCGCCUUCUUUCUGCUUCUGCCGCCUUCCUUUUUUUUUAUUUUAAUAUUUUUUGCUUGGUUUUCCCUGCUGCCUGUGGUGCAGAAGGCAGGUUUUCUGUGGACGCUGAGGAUCAGCAGCCUCUAGCACAGCUGGAGACGACGGCAGUCGGUGCAAAGGAGGGAGGCAGAGCUAAGCGGGAAGGAGCAGCGUUUUUACCUUGCUUGAUCUAUGAAAAGGCCAGAGCAGCCUCUGUGAUCCUGAGCGAUCUGUCCUUUAAUCGCGAGGUAUUUCUGCUUUUCUUCUUCAGAAAGCUUUUGGUUUUAGUCCUUAUUUUGCCCCCGUUGUUGUUGUACCAGCUGAGUCAUCAUGUCUGCUCUGACGCCUCAAAGCGACAUGCCAACCCCCACCACAGACAAGAUCACUCAGGCUGCCAUGGAGACCAUCUAUCUUUGCAAAUUCCGCGUGUCCAUGGAUGGAGAGUGGCUGUGCUUGCGCGAGCUGGAUGACAUCUCGCUGACACCCGACCCCGAGCCGACCCACGAAGACCCGAAUUACCUGAUGGCCAACGAGCGCAUGAACCUGAUGAACAUGGCCAAGCUGAGCAUCAAGGGUUUGAUCGAGUCGGCGCUGAACCUGGGCCGCACGCUGGACUCGGACUACGCGCCGCUGCAGCAGUUCUUCGUGGUCAUGGAGCACUGCCUCAAGCACGGCCUCAAAGCCAAAAAGACUUUUCUUGGGCAAAAUAAGUCAUUUUGGGGACCUCUAGAAUUAGUAGAAAAACUUGUUCCUGAGGCUGCAGAGAUUACAGCAAGUGUUAAGGAUCUCCCAGGGCUGAAGACACCGGUGGGCAGAGGAAGAGCUUGGCUGCGCCUGGCUCUGAUGCAGAAGAAACUUUCAGAGUACAUGAAAGCCCUGAUUAACAGAAAGGAUCUUCUCAGUGAAUUCUACGAGCCCAACGCGCUGAUGAUGGAGGAGGAAGGUGCCAUCAUUGCUGGUCUCCUCGUGGGCCUGAAUGUCAUUGAUGCCAACUUCUGCAUGAAGGGAGAGGACCUGGACUCCCAGGUCGGAGUUAUCGAUUUCUCCAUGUAUUUGAAAGACGGGAACAGCACAAAAGGCAGCGAAGGAGAUGGUCAGAUAACUGCUAUUUUGGACCAGAAGAACUAUGUAGAAGAACUCAAUAGGCAUCUAAGUGCUACAGUAAACAACCUGCAGGCCAAGGUGGAUGCCUUGGAGAAAUCCAACACAAAGCUGACUGAGGAGCUUGCAGUUGCCAACAACAGGAUCAUUACACUGCAGGAGGAGAUGGAGCGGGUUAAGGAGGAGAGCUCCUACAUCCUGGAGUCCAGCCGUAAGGCCACCAAGGACAGAACUGCUGACGGGCAGGCACUGACUGAGGCACGGAAGCAGCUCAAGGAGGAGACUCAGCUGCGCCUGGAUGUGGAGAAGGAGCUGGAGGCACAGAUUGGGAUGCGGCAGGAGAUGGAGCUGGCCAUGAAGAUGCUGGAGAAGGAUGUCUGUGAAAAGCAGGAUGCUCUGGUGGCACUCAGACAGCAGCUGGAUGAUCUCAGGGCUCUCAAGCAUGAACUGUCCUUCAAGCUGCAGAGUUCAGACAUGGGAGUGAAACAGAAGAGUGAAUUAAACAGCCGCUUGGAAGAAAAAACAAAUCAGAUGGCUGCCACCAUCAAACAGCUGGAACAAAGAUUGCGACAGGCAGAGAAGGAGCGGCAGCUGGCGCAGCAGGACAACCGGCUCUUCAAGCAGGAGUUUGGGGACAAAAUCAACAGCCUCCAGCUGCAAGUGGAAGAGCUCUCCAGGCAGCGGAGCCACCUAGAACUGGAGCUAAGGCGGGAAAGAGACAGAUGGUCUCACAGUCACCAGCGCAGCCAAGAAAGCAAAAAAGGCCCAAAGAAUUGGCUCAGACAGGAUGGGAAGCUCAAAACGCAGGAAGAAAAUGCUAAAGUGAAGGAGCCGCUGAGAGAGAACAGUGUCCUGCCACACAGGUCACCCAGUGGCACGCAGGAAGAGCAGGAGCAGCUGCCGGGGCCUGGGCACGCCGAGGUCUGCCAGCUGUGCCAGGAGGAGGCCAGCCGGAGCCAGAGAAAGAACAUGUGCAAGAACUGUGGGGGCACGUUCUGUGAAGCCUGCUCGGUGCACGAGCUGCCCCUCCCGUCCAGCAUCAACCCCGAGCGCGUCUGCAACCCCUGCCACCAGCGGCUCAUCCAGCAGUACUCCAGCAGCCCCUUGUAGGAACAGGCCACAGAGGUGACCAGCUGAGGCUGUUCUGGAGCUCUUCAGGGGGAAUGCCAAGACACUUGCCCGUGUGCUUUGGAUGGGAAGCAGCUUCUUGGUGUUUAGAAUCUCCUGUUACUAAAACAGCAGUCUGAGCCCGUCCCUGUACCCAAUCAGCCUGUGCUGUGGAGAAUUGCGUUGGGAAUGUCACAUGGAGCAGCCCCAAGGCGUGCCUGAGCAGUCUCAGGACUCUGGGAGCCCCUGCCCAAACCAGAGCUCUUGGCUGCAUGUGGAAGUCAGGAGUGUUCUCACCCUCACGUGUGUGGUGUGGGUGUGUGCUGCUGCUGCUGCUGAGCAAAGGCUCCCCACAACCCAACUGGAGCGCUGGUAUUCCUCACAUCUGGCUGCACUUGAAAUCCCAUUUCCCCUUUUCCCUUUGCCCUGGACAGGCUGGCUCAUCCUGUGUGCCCUGGGCCAUGGUGUGAGCAGGGCAGCUGUGCCACCAGUGAGCACAUCCUCCCUGCAUUUCCUUGGCUCAGGGCUCUCACCAGGGGCUUAGUCUGCACAGGGACACCCCAAACCAAGCUGUGAAUGUUCUCUUCCCCCUCUGUGCUUCAGGGGCUGGGCCCAAUCCCCAUCAGACAGAGGUUUAGGGCCACUGGGAUCCACCUCUUCACCUUGCGCACAUGGAAACGUUGUUACAGUAAACCUGGCAUUUCACUUCCUGUUGGAUCAAAACUAAAUGGGAACACUUCUCACCUGUUAGAAAUUUCAAUUGCACAUUCAGUUCAGAGAGGUUUCAUGGUUCCUGCCACAUCAUUCUUUGUAACUGUUCCCUCAAGAAAUUUUGUUAGUCCAGAAAGGGGGGUAGUGGCUUUCUCUUGUCACAGGAGUGUUUACUCCUUUUCCUACUGCCACCUCCUGCAGUCUCUGAGACCACAGAGUGUCCUGUAGUUCAUAGAAAAGGGAUGCACUGGUGUGACAAAUGCACUGGGGUUUGUAGUGAUGUCGUUAGGGGGUAGUGGUUAAUUCCUUGGAGAGGAUUUUCUAGUCCUUAGAUUGGCUGGAACCACAUGAAAAGCCUCUUGGAGCUGAGGUACUGACAUGGUUGGUACUGCUUCGUACCAGGAAUCAUCUCUCCUAGAUCCUUUUGGGACUUGGCAUGUUCAGCCACCCAACCUGUACACGUCUCUGCUCUUUUGCCCCCCAGGGCAGCUUCAUGACCCAUUUCCUUGCUGGUAUUCCCAGAAGUAUAGCAGGAGUUGAAAACAGUGUUGAAAUGCCAAAAGCCUGGGAUUUGACCCUGAAGGGGUGGGACACUGGAGGUGGAUGGAGAAAACCCUGAAUUUAGUGUCAGUAGUUUGGGUAUAUACUGUACACAUCCAACAAUGUGAACUCCUGCACUCAACCCCCCCGUGACUCGUCCCCUGAGGAGAAGAUAAGGCCCAGGCAGUGCAGAGGGAAAUGGAGGAUUAAACUCUGUGGAGCAGGGAGGUGGCUGAGCCCCUCCAGAGCUCAGCACUGGUGGCUGCCAUGGGACUGGCCUUUGGGAAGAUGGGAAUGGGACUGUACUGGCUGCCUGCUCCCUCUGUGCUCAGGAACUCUGGGUGAUGCCAGGGAGGGCUCACACACGGACCGUGGGAAUGGGGGUAGGUUUUCUGACGUUAAGUUUGUUCCACACAAUAAAAAAACCUGAUCAUCCA